AUGCUGCACCUGAGCAAGGGAGAUUUUGUAUGGGUGGACACGGGCACCGGGGUGCCGAUUGGGGCGGAGGUUAAGGUCACAGACACCGGGCAGAUUCAGCUGCUCGAUGACGAAGGAAAGGAACACAAGCUCAAGAAGACAAAUGAGAAAAGCAUCCGGCCCAUGCACCCGACCUCUGUGAAGGGCGUGGACGAUAUGAUCAGGCUGGGUGACCUGAACGAGGCCGGGCUGCUCAGGAACCUCCUGGUACGACACAAGGAAGGAAUCAUCUAUACAUACACGGGCUCCAUUCUGGUCGCAGUGAACCCUUACCAGCUGCUGCCCAUCUACACUAUUGAGCAUGUGCACAUGUACACAGACCGACGGCUGGGUGAACUGCCGCCUCAUGUCUUCUCCAUCGCAGACAGCUGCUUUUUCAACAUGCGCCGCAACCGAAAGAACCAGUGCUGUGUCAUCAGCGGAGAGUCGGGAGCUGGGAAAACCGAGAGCACCAAGCUGAUGCUGCAGUUUCUGGCUGCAGUGAGCGGUCAGCGCUCCUGGAUUGAGCAGCAGGUCCUAGAAGCAAAUCCCAUCUUAGAGGCCUUCGGUAAUGCCAAAACCAUUCGAAAUGACAACUCCAGUCGAUUUGGGAAGUACAUCGACAUCAACUUCACCAAGGGUGGGGCUAUUGAAGGUGCCCGCAUUGAGCAGUACCUGCUGGAGAAGUCCAGGGUGUGUCGUCAGGCACCAGACGAAAGAAACUACCACAUCUUUUACUACAUGCUGAUGGGCAUGUCGGCAGAAAAGAAGAAGGUUCUUUCCCUUGGAAAAGCCGCCGAGUACAAGUAUCUGACCAUGGGUAACUGCACCAGUUGUGAGGGGCGUGACGACGUGAAGGAGUACGCUCACUUCCAGUCAGCUCUGAAGAUUCUCACAUUCACAGAAAAUGACUUGUGGGAAAUUUCCAAACUGCUCGCAGCCAUUCUUCACCUGGGCAAUGUGGACUUUGAGGCCACCAUCGUAGAUAAUCUGGAGGCCUGCAACAUCCACACGUCGACCAAUUUCAAAAUGGCGCGCGAGCUCUUGGAGGUGGAUCCCAAAGCACUGGAGAAAGGUCUGACUCAGCGCUCCUUCCAGACUGCCAGAGAACACGUGACCAAAUCUCUGACCUCUGCUCAAGCCAUGGAUGGCAGGGACGCAUUUGUCAAAGGUAUAUACGGAAGACUUUUCAUUUGGGUUGUGGAGAAAAUCAACAGUGCCAUUUACAAGCCGCCUGAUGAUGAGAACGAGGCCAAACAAUCCAUCGGCCUUCUGGACAUCUUUGGUUUUGAGAACUUCAAUAAAAACAGCUUUGAGCAGCUGUGCAUCAACUUCGCCAAUGAGCAGCUGCAGCAGUUCUUCGUCAAGCACGUCUUCAAGCUUGAGCAGGAAGAGUACGCCCGUGAAAACAUUGUUUGGAAGCACAUUGACUAUCAAGAUAACCAGCGAACCCUGGACGUACUGGCCAGCAAAUCCAUGAACUUGCUGUCGCUUAUUGACGAGGAAAGCAAUUUCCCCAAGGGCACAGAUGCCACCCUGCUCCAAAAGAUGAACCAGUAUCACGAGAAAGGUGGCAUCUAUCUUCCCCCAAAGAACAACUAUGAAACACAGUUUGGAAUCGAGCAUUUUGCUGGAAAGGUCUUCUAUGACUCACAAGGUUUUCUUGAAAAAAACCGUGACACCCUGAGCUCAGACCUCAUUAAGAUGUUGGAAAAGUCCACCAACAAACUCCUAAAACAGGUGUUUCGUAAUGACCUCAAAUCCACCUCCGGUAGCAUCAAGCUUGCCAACGCUAAAAUGACCAUAACAUCAGCCAAGGGAAACACCCGGGUUAUACCAGAUGGCAAGAAGCGUGUGCCAACACUGAGCGGUCAGUUCCGCCAGUCCCUGGAUUCCCUGAUGAAAACGUUGACUGCAUGCCAGCCAUAUUUCAUCCGCUGCAUCAAACCCAAUGACUUCAAGAAGCCCAUGCUGUUUGACAGAGAGCUGUGCAUGCGGCAGCUCCGUUACUCCGGUAUGAUGGAGACCAUCAGGAUCCGGAAAGCUGGGUAUCCUGUACGCUACACAUUCGAUGAGUUUCUAACUCGAUAUCGUGUCCUCCUGAGAACUUCCAUCUGUGAUCCAAAAACCGAAAGCGAAGAGAAAUGCUGUGAAAGUAUUUGUGAAAACGUGCUUACCGGAGAAGGUGACUGGAAGACUGGAAAGACAAAGAUAUUCCUAAAGGACCAUCAUGACACAAUGCUUGAAGUAGAGCGAAUAAAACAACUAAAUGUGAAAGCCCUUUUGAUCCAGAAAGUCCUGAGAGGCUACAAAUACAGGAAAGAAUUCCUGAGGAAAAGGUCAGCCGCGAUCGUGAUUCAGAAAUACUGGCGAGGACACAAAGGCAGGAAGCUGUACAAAGUGGUGCAGCUGGGCUUUGCAAGGCUGCAGGCACAGGUUCGCUCUCGCCAGCUCCACUUCCAAUAUAAAAAGAGAAGGCAGGCGACCCUCGUGCUACAGACCCAUAUUCGAGGACACCUGGCCAGGAAGGAAUGGAAGCGCAAGAGGAAGGCUGUAAUCCUGCUGCAGGCACACACCAGGGGCAUACUGGCGAGAAAAGCUCUCGAAAAGAUGAAGAGAGACAUGUACCUCUCUGCUAAAGAGAAAGAAGAGGAACAGCGGCUCAUUCUGGAGAAACAGAGGCGCUUGGAGGAGGUGUUGAGACAGAAGAGAGAGAUGGAGGCCAAGCAGCAGUCAGACCAGGAGAUGGUGGAUGACAUGUUUGACUUCCUUACUUUAAUGCCCAACACUGUAGGAGGGCAGGAGGGGCAGGCACCCAUGGGAUAUGAGAAUUUUGGUGGGAAACGGAUAAUUGAAGAGAUAGACAUUGACGAAAUCCAGAUGGAGGAGGAUCUUCCCAACGAAGACUAUGAUGACCUGGAUGAGUACUCCUUCGCCAAGUUUGCCUCCAUGUACUUCCAGGGUGCAGCCACCCACACCCAUAUCCGACAGAGGCUUCGUCAGCCCCUGCUCUACCAUGAGGAUGAAGAUGAUGUUCUGGCUUCGCUCACAGUUUGGUGGAUCAUCCUGAGGUUUAUGGGAGACCUCCCUGAGCCAAAGAAACGGGCCCAGGUUAGGGUACCCUCCUCACAGGAUCGCAUUAUGCCACAGGAGCUGAUGUCCAGAAAGGACAGACGUCUCAGCAACAUGGUGGGCCUGGAUCAGAGGGUGCUGAGGAAUAGUAAAGAAACACAGGCUUCUACAGUCCCUGAGCCACCAGGACAAAACAAAAGGGGCUCCAUCUUUACAGACAUCCUGACAAGAACCAAGAAGGCUUCUGCUGUGCCCAACCAGACACCUCAAAACCAGAGGGUGUACACUGUACCGGACGCAGGCACUCGAGGGAGAAAGGGCUCCACAUUCACUGACCUACUGUCCAAAAACAGAAAAGUAUCAAAUAUUCAAGAAAAUGGAAUCCCCAAAUCUGGUUCAAACUUCAGAAAAACCUCAAUCAUCAUGGAGGAGUCAGAUGAUCAGACGGAAGUUUCCAAGCCUGCCACUCUGCAGACUGUGAAGGAGGAUCCUGAAGUCUUGACUGGAGAGUCGGACACGCUGGACAGACCCCUGACUUCUCUGGAAAAGCUACACUACAUCGUUGGAUACGCCAUUGUCAGGCCUGACCUCAGAGAUGAGAUUUACUGUCAGAUCUGUAAACAGCUUCAUGACAACAACAAUCGUACGAGCUUCUUCCGUGGCUGGAUCCUGCUGUCGCUUUGUUUGGGCGUUUUUCCUCCCAGUGAGCGAUUUAUAAAGUACCUCCAAAGUUUCAUCCGCUUCGCUCCAAGUGGCUACUCGUCCUACUGCGCUGACAGGCUGCGGCGCACCGUGAUGAACGGCACGCGAGAGGAGCCUCCGUCCUAUCUGGAGCUCCAGGCCACCAAGACAAAAAAGCCCAUAGUUGUGACUGUGAUGAUUAUGGACAACCGCUCCAUUAACCUCCCCGUCGACUCAGCAUCUACGUCUAAAGAGAUCUGCCAGCUUAUCUCCAACAAAAUCAACCUCAAAGACAGCUUCGGCUUUUCCAUCUACGUUGCCUUGUAUGAAAAGGUGUGGGCUCUGGGCAGCGGCCGGGAGCACGUGAUGGACGCCAUCUCCCGGUGUGAGCAGGACACAAAGAGGAGGGGAGGCCAGGAGCAGCACGCCCCCUGGCGUCUCAUCUUCCGUAAAGAGAUCUUCACCCCCUGGCAUAACUGCAGUGACGACAAGCUCAGCACAGACCUCAUCUACAAGCAGAUCAUCCAUGGUUUGAAGUCUGGAGAGUACCAGUGUCAAAAGGAGGACGACUAUGUUGACCUUGCUGCAAAACAUUUGUACAUCCAACACGGAUCAGACAGCCGCCCAGAAAACGUGAAGGAUGUUGUGCAGGACUGCAUCAGUAACUCUCUGCUGGAGACCAAGACAGAGAGUAAGUGGGUGCAGAUGGUCAGCACUGCCCAUGCUCAGGGCUCGUAUGUGAGUUCCAAACAGAAGCCGGAUUCGCUGAAGGCGGAGAUAGUCGAUUACGCUCGACAGAAGUGGCCCAUCUUCUUCUCCAGGUUCUUUGAGGUUGCCAAACUUUCAGGCCCUCCACUGCCAAAGAGCAAGUUUAUCGUGGCCAUAAACUGGACUGGGAUCACAUUCCUGGAUGAGCGAGAGAAGAGGCUGGCAGAACUGUCCUUCCCAGAAGUAAUGGCUGUCAACGCCGUGAGGAAUGUUAAAAAAUCUGGCCAGGCCGUGUCUCUGGUGACGCUGAAAGGAGACUUCACCCUGAGUGGCCCCUCAGCGGCGGACAUGGCCGAGCUGAUUACCAUGUUUGUCAGCGGGCUGACGGAGCGUUCGCAGUACGCCGUGGCCCUGAAAGAAGUCGAGAAGCAAGAAGACGCCACGUUCCUCAGCUUCAAGAAAGGAGAGCUCAUCAUGCUCAUUAAAGACAAUGAUUUUUCUCAGGACCACGGCUGGGUUAAGGGCCAAAACGAUCGCACGAAACAAACAGGGGCCGUCCCCAUCGAAGCCAUCACAAUCCUGCCAACGCUCAGCAAACCCACCAACGAGGUUAUGAACCUCAUCAACCUCUCACCAAACCAGAGGAAGGACAUCAUACAGGCCACCAUGAAAGAAACAGGCACAGUGGGGAGAAUUGCUCCUUACUCACUGAAAGAUUUCUCUGUCGAGUAUUUCAGGCAGCCCACUAAGGAUGUGAACCGUCAGGUGAUCGCUAGGAAUGCUGCUCCCGAAAGGUUGUGGGUCCACUCCAGAGAGCCAAUAAGACAGCCACUACUCAAGAAGCUUGGAGGCCACCCAGAGUUCACUCACAAAGCCUGUCUAGCUUUCACUGCAAUCCUGAAGUACAUGGGUGAUUACCCCACCAAGCAGCAGCAGAAUCCCCUCGAACUCACUGACCAAAUCUUCGGCCCCGCCACUAAACACGAUGCUCUGAGGGAUGAGAUUUACUGCCAGAUCAUGAAGCAGAUGACCAACAAUAACAACCGGUUCAGCAUGGAGCAUGGCUGGCAGCUGAUGUGGCUCUGCUGCGGCCUGUUUCCUCCCAGUCAGCCUCUUCUGAAGCAUGCUCAGCGAUUUCUGGAGUCGCGACGCAGAGAGCCACUUGCCUCUGACUGUUUGCAGCGCAUGCAGAGCUCUCUGAGGAUGGAGCCCAGGAAGCUCCCACCUCACCAUGUGGAGUUAGAUGCCAUCCAACAAAACAGCACCCAGAUCCGCCACAAAAUCCACUUCCCUAAUGACACAGAUGAGAUAUUUGAAGUGGCCACCAACACCAGGAUCAAGGAUCUCAUUCUGAACAUUUCCAGGAAACUCGAACUGUCUUCAGCAGAUGGCUUCAGCAUUUUUGUCAAAACAAAUGACAAGUUUCUCAGUUUGAAUGAGACGGACUACUUCUUUGACAGUCUGAGGCAAAUCACUGACUGGUCUAAGAGUGUUAAAAGGAUUGAUGGCGGGCUGGUCAACUAUACUGUGUUCUUCAUGAGGAAGUUGUGGUUCAACGUGAUCCCUGGCAGAGACACAAAAGCAGAUCUUAUCUUCCAUUUCCCUCAGGAGUUACCCAAAUACCUAAGAGGCUAUCAUGUGUGCACCAAAGAGGAAAUGCUCAAAAUUGCGGCUCUGCUGUUCUGCAUAAAGGUCAACAAUGAUAAGAACCAGUUAGUCAUGAUUCCCAAGUUGCUGAAGGAGCUGGUGCCCACUGACCAGCUGAAGGCCAUGUCUGAAAAUGAGUGGAAGAAGAACAUUACCGCCUCAUUUAACAAACAAACUGGAAUGACAGCUGAUGAAGCUAAGGUGGCGUUUCUGAAGGCGGUUCACCGUUGGCCGACGUUUGGCUGUGCUUUCUUUGAUGUGAAGCAAACAUCAGAGCACAAAUUUCCAGAUAUUGUGCGAAUUGCCAUCAGCAAGCAAGGACUCACAAUCAUUCAUCCAAAAACCAAGGAAACUCUGGCAACUCACCCAUUUAACCGCAUUGCUAACUGGUCCAGUGGAAGCACCUACUUUCACAUGACUAUUGGUAAUUUAGUCAACGGCAGCAAGUUCCUGUGUGAAACGUCACUGGGCUACAAGAUGGACGAUCUUAUAAGCUCCUACGUCAACAUGUACCUCAGCGACAGGAAGACUGUGCAAACCAGGAACCGCCGCUUUGACAUCUAAACUCUGUGGCAUG